UUUCUUCUGCCAGCCCCCCUCUGCCUGCUGACCCUGCUGCUGCCACCCCCCAGGCCAGGGGCCCCCAUCUCCCCAGCUGAGCCCAUCAGUCAAGCCUACAGCCUGGCCCUCUACAUGCAGAAGAAUACAUCAACAUUGCUGCAGACUUACCUCCAGUACCAAGGCAGCCCCUUUAGUGACCCUGGCUUCUCAGCCCCUGAGCUCCAGCUCAGCAGCCUGCCUCCUGCCGCCAUCUCCUUCAAGACCUGGCAUGCCCUGGAUGAUGGAGAGCGGCUGGGCCGUGCCCAGGGGGCCUUCUUGGCCUUGUCCCAGCACCUGCAGCUCGUGGGGGAUGACCAGAGUGACCUGAACCCUGGCAGUCCUGUCCUGCUGGCUCAGCUUGGGGCUGCGAGACUCAGGGCCCAAGGCCUGCUGGGCAACAUGGCUGCCAUCAUGACCGCCCUGGGCCUGCCCAUUCCCCCAGAAGAGGAUACUCUAGGGCUUGUCCCAUUUGGGGCCUCAGCCUUCGAGAGGAAAUGUCGAGGCUACAUAGUGACCCGGGAAUAUGGCCACUGGACAGACCGAGCUGUGAGGGACUUGGCUCUGCUCAAGGCCAAAUAUCCUGGAUAGAGGAGAUGGGACUUCUUGUCAGAG